AUGUCUGACUAUGAUGUAGAUAGUGUGAUCCAAAAUAUUAUUGACUGUACCAGUGCUACAUGGACACCAUUAGAUAAAAUACCAUUAGUAGAAAAAGAAAUAGAUAAAAUAAAGGAGGACAUUACAAAAUAUGUAGAGAACAGUGAAUUUGAUAUUAAGUCUAUCCUGCAGGAGAGCGGUCAACUUGCUGCUGAAAGUAAGUCAUUGGUGAACGAAUUGAAUGCUUGUAAAGAAGAAAUAGAGGAAAAAACCAUAACAGAAAUAUUAAAGUCAAUAGAGAACCAUGACAGAAUUGCCAAAGAGUUAGAUGGUGUAAAUUUUGCUAUAAAUAUAGUGUAUGAUGUGUUGCAAUGUGGUAAGUUCGUCAAGGACUUUACCAGUGAGUCAGUUACUCACACAUACACAGCGGCUGUAGAUGCUGUGUUUGAUUUACUGCAGUACGUAGAAACUCCUGCUGAGGGUUUUGACCAGCUGGAUCUGUUUCCAAACACAAAGAAAACUGCGCAGCUAAUUUACGAAAGUCUUUUACAUGAUCUUUACAGAGAAUGGCAUGAAAGAGUUAGCAUUACUGUUGCACCGGAGCCCGCUCAAAGUAUUAUUACAAUAAAACUUAACUUAGAUGAGUCAACGAUUUCUACAGAUAUAGUAAAUGCAUUAGAUAAUAUUCAUAAACUUGAGGAAAAGUUUUCAGAAUUCACUAAAACACUGAUGCAGGAAGUCCUCAUACCCAUAAUGGAAUAUGAGUGCUUAGUGUAUGCCGAAACAGAUGAACUUGCCACCAUCACAUUUACAUACAAAGAAAAUUACCGACCAUCAUACCAUGACGUCAUUUCUAACAUGAGGCUUCUGUUCCAUUACCUCAGCAACAAGUUUAACAUUGAAUAUUUAAAUGGGAAAACCCUCAUGAAAAUAUUUGGUAAAUUAUUAAAUGAAGAAUUCUGUGACACAAUAAUUGAGAAAUGUUUCAUAGAUACAAUACCGAAUACUAUCAAUGAACUUCAGACGUACGGCAGAAUUACAUCUGAAAUAGAAGAUUUCCAACAUUUCUUGAAAAUACUUAAGUUUUUCCCAGAGGAGGGCUUAACAAUUUUAAAGUAUUUAGACAAUAUAGAUGUUUUGUUUGCAAACAGAUCGAGUCAGUACUUCUUAGAAACUGCUAGAACUAUUAUGCUAAAAGAUUUAAGUUCGACGAUGUCUAUAGGAGUAGAGAAGAUUCCGGAGGGGCCAGAUUUAAAAACCGAUUUGGAAGUUGAUAAGGAUGUAGCGGAAGCUUUAGAUGUAUUUGAUAAGACAAUUCCAAAGAGUCUUUUCUAUUUUCCUAGAUGUAUGAUAUCCAAAACUGCUCAAGAGCUCUUAGAUUUAGUUUAUGUGGUAAUGGAGCAGGCAGUGCAAUGUUCUGAUAUAGUAUGUAAGAAGCUUUAUGUAACCACACGUCUUAUUUUUGAAUUAUAUGAUGCAGUAGUGCCAUACCAUCAUGAAAAUUACCUUCAAACCAUUCCACAAUAUGUCGCAUUAUUUCACAACAACUGUAUGUAUCUAGCGCACAAUCUUUUGACAUUGGGUGACAAAUGGUUAUCUCUAAUGGAGGGGAGAGAUUUGGAUUAUGCCAUUGGUUUUGUGGACCUUGUGCAGAAGAUGAGGGAGCUGGGGUAUAAACAUCUUACGAUGCACAUGCAGCAACAACGUAAACAGAUAUUGGACAAUAUUCGUUCUUCAGAUUUAAACUGUAUUGUGGUGAAGGAUUUACUUGGUGAUAAUGCAGAGGCUGCUGUACGCCAAUGCUUGAGGCAGCUGCAGCUACUUAAGAAUGUGUGGAUUGGAGUGUUCCCAAAUAAUGUAUUUACAAGAUUAAUGGCAACACUGACGAAUAUGUUCAUUGACGAGCUUAUCCAUCGUGUUUGCACUGUGGAGGACAUAUCUAUGGAGAUGGCAACACAACUCACAGAAAUGUAUACAAUUGUUGUCCAAAAAACCCCUCAGCUUUUCCAAUCGCCAGAUGACGUAGAAGAGUAUGUCAAGUCGUGGACCAAGCUGCGAGAGCUCAUUUUUGUCCUGGGCGGGUCCCUCAAGGACAUCGACAACCACUGGGGAGAUGGCACGGGCCCUCUGGCCAAGCACUUCACUACUGAGGAAGUGAGGAGUCUCAUCAAAGCUCUCUUCCAAAACACGCAGUUCCGCGCCAAUCUCCUGUCGAAGAUAAAAUAAUGUUUUAUGUGUGUAUUCUUGUAUUUACAUAAAAAUAAAUGUUCUAUUAUUUAAA